UCCGCCACCAUAACUCCUGCUGUUGGCACUCCCAAUGUCGAUACACCCAACACCGACUUCCUUAUCGCAAACGACCAAGACCCCAACUCCAAGAAGGUCACCCUCGCCGACCUGUGCGCAAAGGGAACUGCCCUGUAUGCCCACAGAAACUAUGAGGAGGCUGCCGAAGUCUUCUCCAGGGCCAGCAUCCUGCAGGCCGAGCUCAAUGGCGAGACUGCUCCCGAGAACGCUGAAAUCCUCUUCCAUUAUGGUCGCAGCUUGUUCAAGGUCGGACAGAGCAAGAGUGAUGUUCUUGGAGGGCCCGCCGCGGCCGAAAAGCGAAAGGGGGCCGGAAGCAAAGCCAAGAAGCCCGCACAGACCGAGGCCCAGAAGGUGACGCAAGAAGGCAUUGGCAUCAUCGCGGAGCAGAAGGACGAGGCGAAGAAGGAUGAAUCUUCCAAGGUCGAUGCUGAUGCGAAGAAGCCUCUGUUCCAGUUUACUGGCGACGAGAAUUUUGAUGACUCUGAUGAAGAAGAGGUACGUAGUCCACCCUAUAGCUGGAAAAGCGAAGAGGAGGAGGAGGAGGAUGACGACCUGGCCACUGCCUUUGAGAUUCUUGACCUUGCUCGAGUGUGCUAUCUAAAGAGACUGGAAAACCCAGACACUGAAGAGACUGAGACUGGCAAGGGCAAGGAGGUUGCAGAGGGCGACUCACCUACCGUGCGGCACGUCAAGGAGCGUCUUGCUGACACUCAUGAUGCCCUCUCUGAGAUUUCUCUCGAGAAUGGACGCUACCCGAAUGCCAUCGAGGACGGCCGAACUUCCCUCAAGUACAAGUUGGAACUCUAUCCCGAGGAAUCUGAGAUCAUCGCCGAGGCUCACUUCAAGCUCUCCCUGGCUCUGGAGUUUGCUUCCGUGACCGUCGCCGAUGACGACGGCACCGGCGCCAAGCGCGAGGAGAUGGACCAAGGCAUGCGUGAUGAGGCUGUCAAGGAGAUGGAGCUGGCCAUUAAGAGCUCUAAGCUUAAGCUUCAGAACAAGGAGGUUGAGCUUGCUACCAUGGCCUCUCCCGAGGACAACGAGCUGGCGCGGAAAUCCAUUCAGGAAAUGAAGGAAGUGAUUGGCGACAUGGAGCAGCGACUCGUCGACCUCCGAAAUGAUCCCAUCGACGCCGCGGGCUUGCUGGGUGCUGAUGCUACUCCCCUUGGUGGCAUCCUUGGUGCUGCUCUUGGCGAGUCUGCUGCCGAGACCAAGGCUCGUGUCGAGGAGGCCAAGAAGACUGCCACCGAUCUCAGUGGCCUCGUCCGCAAGAAGAACAAGGAGGCUCCCGCCCCGGCUGAUGCUCCAGCUGCUGCCCCAGCGCCCGCUGCUGCGCCUGAAGCUGAGUCUAACGGCAAGCGAAAGGCCGAAGAGCCCGCCGAGGAGUCCGAGGCCAAGAAGGCCAAGGUGGAA